UAGGGGUCAGUGAUUUCGUCUUACUCAGAGAUUUCUGUAACUGGAGUCAUAGGUGAACAAAAUAUUUUAGAGAUGAAAUCGGGUGCACUGGCCGUGUGUUUUAAUUUUGAUGUUUUCGUGGAAUUGAAACAUUGAGGCCUUAGCGAGGAAUUUUCCUUUUCUCCGAACUUGUACUAUUGAUAAUCUAUCCCAAGAGCCCUCGGAUUAUUUUGCAACAUGGCGGCUAACGAGUUUGAAGCGGACGAGUCCCUUGAUGAUCAGAUAACUGAGAACAACCCAAGUGACUGGUAUGAUAGCCAUUUUGGUGAUGCAGUACUAACAACAGUUACCCACGAUCGAUUUUAUUUACAGGCUUCUGGUGGUGGUGAAAUGUCUUCAUUUGACUCGGUGUGCCCUGAGGACAAUCUAUAUAACGAGUCACCCUCAAGUGUCUCAACAUCAUCUCUAAACUCAUUCCAAGUAGGUCAGAGUUCUUUAGGUGCAAUGCUUGAGUUCAUACAACACAGCUCACCAACUGUAGCUGAAGCAGCAUUUAAUCAAUUGACACAAGGGGAGUACGUCAGUAUUGAAACAUUGUCAAAUAGUUUCAGUAAGCCACAAACUGGCUCUGAGGAAUUAUCAAGUGAGGAUGAAAUUAAGAGAUCAGGAGAAGACUUCCCUGACAGACAUUCUGGUUCUUGUGUCAAAAAUCAGGCAAAUGAAUGGGAGCAUUUAGGUGCUAGACCAAGAGAUGUGCCCCCGAAAAAGAACAGUUCCUCAGAGUCUUCCUCAUCAUUUGACCUGACUCCUCAACAAGAUGCAGGACCUGUGGCUCUUGGAGUGCACAAUCCAUUGUUGCCUGAACACACUGAAGACAAACAGACUGGUCCUGAGUGCUGUGAAUGGUUGUCGACUGAUGAAGUUGGUUUGCUUUCAAGGUCACCUGACACAGAAACAAGGGAAACUAUGAAAUAUAUCCCUCGACACACAGAGAUUGCCUUCCUCUUGGAUCAUAUUCGUGAACUAAGGGAAGAGUUAGCACGGCUGACAGUGACAGUGAAGCUCCAAGAAGAGAAGAUACUAGCUCUUCAAGUACAAAGGCAUUGGGAGAAUAUUUCUCGGCUAUUUACUGAAGAUGUUAGGGAGCAGAGUGGGCCUGGUACAGCUAGGGAGGCAUCAUCUGACCUUUACCAUAAGGCAUGUCUGGUGGACAGCUUAGGUUUGUUCCGGCGUCAAAGACUUCAGGAAAUCUCUAAUUCUUUGUCAGAAUCAGAGUUCCAUAGACUGAAAGGCCUUGUUCAACCAAAACUGGACAGCUUUAGACUUGCUAAGAUCAGAGAAGGUUCUGAAUUGUUUCAGGAAUUGGAAUCGCGAGGAGAAUUUUCAUGUACAUAUGUUAGAGAUCUUCUGCAAGGAAUCAAUCGCUCUGAUCUAGCAGAGAAACUUUUUUCUUCUUCUCACAACAGUGAUGAAUUAUCAGAAAGGGACUCUGAUUCACUUCAAGAGAGAGAUCAGCUGGAGGAUGGGUUGGUAACAUAUUCUGACACAGAGAAUAGAAAUUCUGAUGAAAUGGAAAAAACCUCAGGAAUGACUGCUGGUAUUGAAGGUGAUGAAGAGGUCUCCCUUCCAGUCAUGCACUCAAGUGAAACUUCACUAAACAGUGAUGAUGAGGGGGCUGUUGUAACUAUUACAUCUGAGAAUCCGAAUGAUUCAAGUUCAAUAGUUAGUUUACAGGUAGAGAACAUAAAUGGCGUGAAUCAAGAUUCUCUUCCAUGUGGAAACACAUCAACUCCUCAACAUAAUCUCUCAGGUGCAAGGAACAUUGACCAAAUAGACACAGUCCUUAAUCAAUCUAAUUCUUUUGUGAGCUGUAGGUCAAAUGAAUGGGAGUAUUUAGGAGCCAGACCGAGAGGCAGACCCCCUAAAGCAGACAGUUCUGCAGAAGUUUCCUCACUUGAUUCCUCAUUGGUUGACUUAGUUCCACAUCAAGGACCUGGCGUCAGUGGAGUGGCCAAUGCAUUCUUGGCAAGACAUGCUGAAGCCAAAUGUCUGUGUGAAAGUUACAACAAUGCAGACCGAGCCAAACUGUACUUUGGUGAUUUCCAAGUUGCUUUAAGGCCAGAUCCCUUGUAUUACCGACCAAAUUCAGGAAAUAGUACUUUUCAGUUGGUGGGGUCCACAGAUAACUCCCUGCUUGAAUUGGAACAGCGUGUUGAAGAAGCUUGUGCAAUGGUGGAAAGAGUGCUGUGGGAGAGAGAAGAAAGGAAAAAGUUUGAAAGAAAAGAGCACGAAAGACAAGAAGAAAGAUUGCAGAAAAGGAGAGAAAGGGAGGCUUGUCCAGAGGCAUUACAAACACCCUCUUUGCAUCAGGAGGAGAGGUCUAUUGGGAUAACAACCACCUGUAUUGUGGAGUCAUUGGAUGCCACCCACUACAGCCCACAGGCAUUGGCACAGGGUAUUAGAGAUGCAAGGAUGAGGAUUUCAGCUAGGGACCCACAGUUCAGAAGAUGGUGGUGCACAUGUCCUGUUGAGCAUGAUCAAGCUACUAGCCUUGCAAUCUGUACAACUUGUUUCAAGUAUCGACAUCUUGGACCAUGCAAGGUCAGAGUUCAGAGUGGCCAUGAUGAGUGCUGCAUCUGCCAAGUGGACACGUCUUGCGGUUUACAUUUAUUGCCAUGCUCCCACAAGGGUCACUUGCUGUGUAUUGUCAGGCUGAUUCUGCACAACAUAUUACAUUGCCCAUCUUGCCUGCGGGCACUUUUUCCCCCAUGUUAAUUGCACUCCAAGGUCUGUAGCUAUAUAGUUUAAAAUGGUGAAGCCUAACGUUGUUCAAGUAGUGGUACCGUAACAGCGUGAAGUACUCAAGUCAUACCUGAAAGAGUUUCUUUUACAUUAACAGUUGAUCACAUCCAUUGCUUUGGCGUGGGAAUCUCUCCCACUGGCAAAGUGUAUCAUUUUAAUUGUUAUCAAUAAUAUUAAUAUGACAUAGGCAGAGGUGAUAACUUUCAUGACGUGGAGAUCACGCCUUCACUAUAAAGCAAUGGUUUGAUUAAUUGUGUACCGUUGUGAAACUCACUUGGCUGGCUUGUACCAAAGGUCUUCACUUUACUUUGUUAGUUAUACAUUUUAGUCCUGCAAAGAAUAAGUUCACUCAGGAAAGAAGAGAGCCUAAGUAGGAAAAGCAUAUUCAAAGGAUAAUUAAGAUCAAGUGUAUUUACUUGUUAUAUUCGUUGGUUAUAUUUGUUUUAAGUGACAGUCAUAAGUUCUAUGGAAUUCUGAAUAGCAAUUUACACCGGAGCCAUUUCCCAGUUUGAGUGGAGUUUAAUGAAUAAUCCACAGGCAACAGGUUUAAAUGCGUGAAUUGAUUUCAGGGUCAGAAUUUGUGCGAGGGUUCUUGCCAACUUUUCGGUUUGUGGUUAGUUUCCUGUUUCCAUGUGGUCUGACAAAGCAGCAUCCACAAUAAACUAACUGACCGCUAUUUUUAAUAACCAUCUACUACCAAACAACUGGACAGCCCUCCUAUAAAAAUCAAAGGAGACUGAUAGUUGUGUCGGUAUAAUUGUGGUAAACUUUGAAUACUUGAAGAACUAUCAUUAUUU